AUGACCGCAGAGGAUUCCACCGCAGCCAUGAGCAGCGAGUCGGCCGCUGGGUCCUCCCCCAAGGUGCCCGAGGGCGUGGCGGGCGCGCCCAACGAGGCGGCGCUUCUGGCGCUGAUGGAGCGCACGGGCUACAGCAUGGUGCAGGAGAACGGGCAGCGCAAGUACGGCGGCCCGCCGCCCAGCUGGGAAGGUCCGCACCCGCAGCGCGGCUGCGAGGUCUUUGUGGGCAAGAUCCCACGCGACGUGUACGAGGACGAGCUGGUGCCCGUGUUCGAGGCGGUGGGCCGCAUCUACGAGUUGCGCCUCAUGAUGGACUUCGACGGCAAGAACCGCGGCUACGCCUUCGUCAUGUACUGCCACAAGCACGAGGCCAAGCGCGCCGUGCGUGAGCUCAACAACUACGAGAUCCGCCCCGGCCGCCUGCUCGGCGUGUGCUGCAGCGUGGACAACUGCCGCCUCUUCAUCGGCGGCAUCCCCAAGAUGAAGAAGCGCGAGGAGAUCCUGGAGGAGAUUGCCAAGGUCACGGAGGGCGUGCUCGACGUGAUCGUCUACGCCAGCGCGGCCGACAAGAUGAAGAACCGCGGCUUCGCCUUCGUCGAGUACGAGAGCCACCGCGCCGCCGCCAUGGCGCGCCGCAAGCUCAUGCCCGGCCGCAUCCAGCUUUGGGGCCACCAGAUCGCCGUGGACUGGGCCGAGCCUGAGAUCGACGUGGACGAGGACGUGAUGGAGACCGUGAAGAUCCUCUACGUGCGGAACCUCAUGAUCGAGACCACCGAGGACACCAUAAAGAAGAGCUUCGGCCAGUUCAACCCGGGCUGCGUGGAGCGCGUCAAGAAGAUCCGGGACUACGCCUUCGUGCACUUUGCCAGCCGCGAAGACGCCGUGCACGCCAUGAACAACCUCAAUGGCACCGAGCUGGAGGGCUCGUGCCUCGAGGUGACGCUGGCCAAGCCCGUGGACAAGGAGCAGUACUCCCGCUACCAGAAGGCGGCCAAGGGUGGUGGCGCAGCCGAGGCGGCAAUGGUGCAACAGCCCAGCUACGUGUACUCCUGCGACCCCUACACGCUGGCCUACUAUGGCUACCCCUACAACGCGCUCAUUGGGCCCAACAGGGACUAUUUCGUGAAAGCAGGCAGCAUAAGAGGCCGGGGUCGAGGUGCAGCUGGCAACAGAGCCCCAGGGCCCAGGGGUUCCUACCUUGGGGGAUAUUCUGCUGGCCGUGGUAUAUAUAGCCGAUAUCAUGAAGGAAAAGGAAAACAACAAGAAAAAGGAUAUGAACUUGUACCGAAUUUGGAAAUCUCUGCCGUCAAUCCAGUUGCCAUUAAACCUGGUACAGUGGCCAUCCCUGCCAUUGGGGCCCAGUAUUCCAUGUUUCAGGCAGCUCCACCUCCUAAAAUGAUUGAAGAUGGUAAAAUCCACACAAUGGAGCACAUGAUCAGCCCCAUCGCUGUGCAGCCAGACCCAGCCAGUGCCGCCGCGGCUGCAGCCGCCGCCGUCAUCCCUGCCGUGUCCACGCCACCACCUUUCCAGGGCCGCCCAAUAACUCCAGUGUACACAGUGGCUCCGAACGUUCAGAGAAUUCCCGCUGCCGGGAUCUACGGGGCCAGUUAUGUGCCAUUUGCUGCUCCGACCACAGCUACGAUCGCCACGCUGCAGAAGAACGCGGCGGCCGCCGUCUACAGCGGGUACGCAGGCUACAUACCUCAGGCCUUCCCCGCCGCUGCUAUCCAGGUGCCCAUCCACGACGUCUACCAGACCUACUGA